UAUAAAUGGCUACAGAGGACACAGACGUCACUCCUUGGCCUGUCGUCUGCGCUAUUGACUUUGGGACUACAUACAGUGGUUACGCUUAUUCCAUGCGAACAGACUACGAGAGAGAUCCUUUGAACAUCGAAUCCAACCCACCAUGGUUUAACGAAGGGCAAGGCACGCUGAAAACUCCCACGUGCAUUCUCUUCGACAAGUCUGAAAACUUUCACUCUUUUGGAUAUGACGCUGAGAGGACAUAUACCUCCUUGGCUGAGAAGGCUCAAGAGAGAAAGGAAAAUGAUGAAGAUGAGGACAGCGAUGAUGAUGACGACGAAGAUGAUGAUAGCAAUGACGAGAAAAGGAAAGUCAAACCAAAGGAAGAUGUUUUUCAUGAGUGGCUUUUCUUCAGAAGAUUUAAAAUGAAGCUAUUUCAUGAUGCUUCUGAGAGAAGAAAGAGGUUAAAAAAUCUAAAAUUGGAAGCAGAGAAUGGGAGAAAGCUAUCGGCCUUGAAAGUAUUUUCAGAGGCCAUAAGAUUUCUCAAAAGCCAUUUUGAAGACUUACUGGAGAAAACAACAUUGCGACAUGACGAAAAAACCAGAACUCCUACCAAUGCAACAGAUGAUUCAGCAGACGAUAGUCAGAGUUCACAGAAUUCUGAAGACGUAUGGGAGCCUUCUAUUUAUCCUGAACAAGAAGACAAAUCGCUUAAGAAUAUGAGCACAGAUAUAAAAGUAAAACAUUCCACGUGGUCUGCUGAUAUCUUAUGGGUACUCACAGUUCCUGCCAUCUGGUCUGACGAAGCCAAACAGUUUAUGAGAGAAGCAGCAAUUCAGGCUGGCAUACAGGAUGACCAUUUGGUUCUUGCUUUGGAGCCAGAGUCUGCAGCUCUACUCUGUAAACAGUUGGCCUUAACAAAGGCAGCUGAGGAUAUUAAUGUUAGGAUGUUCGACCCUGGAAACAAGUUCAUGGUGGUGGACUGUGGAGGUGGUACUGUUGAUGUAACAGCGUAUGAGGUUAAAGAGAACAGUAACUUGAGAGAGUUGCACUGUGCUUCUGGGGACGCUGUUGGGGGAACAAAUGUAGACAAACUCUUCUUUGAUCUAAUAUACAAAAUAUUUGGGGAGGAAACUGUGAACAACUUCAAGAGCAAAUCGCCGUCUGAUUGGUUGGAAUUGUUACGAAGUUUCGAAGCAAAGAAACGCGGUAUUGGACUGGAAAAUCCAAAACUGGAAAAUGUUGGAUCAGUAACUUUUUCAAACCUGGGAGAGCUUUUUUCUGAAUUCACAAAUACCGGAAAGUCGGUUUCCUCUCAAAUACAUACAUUGGGUUUAAAGAAGAAAAUAAAACCGUUCAGUAAAGCCAAGUUGAGGUUUGAUGAGAGCUUCUUAGCUGAAACUGUGUUCAACCGUCCAAUAGAAGAUGUAAUAAGUCAUUUGCAGAAUCUUUUUACAGACAAAGAUGUUUCUGAAAUUAAUGUUAUUUUACUAGUUGGUGGAUUCUCUGAGUGUCCGUUAUUGCAAAGCAAAAUUAAGAGUCACUUUCCGCAUAAGAAAGUAAUAAAUCCUCGUGAAGGAUGCACAGCUGUGAUGAAAGGAGCAGUGUUGUUCGGACAUAGUCCCGAGAAUCUGAUACGGAAAUCGAUAGAACAGGGAUUUCAACUCCCACCAAUUAUUGGUAACCAAGGCAUCUUACGGAAAAGCAAAGCGUAUUAUGGAGUUGCUACUGAUCUCCCUUUUAUUGAAGAUGUACAUCCUCGAAAUCAUAAAUACACCAGGGAGGACGGACAGGAAGUGUGUUCAGACUGUUUUGACUGUAUGGUAGAGGAGAACCAGGAGUUAGAAAUAGGGAAAACUGUAAUAAAGAAGACAUUUGGUUCCUCCAGUUCUUCUUCAGCUUAUGUGGAGAUAUAUCAGUCGAAAAGCAAAGUUCUUUAUUGCACCGAUGAAGACUGCAAGAAAAUCGGUCAGAUUUUUGCUCUGUUUUCAAAAACAGAUGAUUCUACCGAAAAGCGAUUGAUUGAAGUUCAAUUACAUUUUGGUUUUACAGAAAACAUAGCAACAGCCCUAGAUUUAAUGACAAAUCGAUCCUGGAAAGUGAAACUCGACUGUCUUACCUGA